UUCGAUCAAGCGCGUCGGACGAAGAGGGCACCCCGGUUUCCCUCUCUCUAUAUAUAUAUCUACCUCCAUCGCCGGCCGGCGACUGGUGACGGCCGGCUGGAGGAGGUACGAGGGCUUCCAUUUUCGUUGUAUAUUGAAGCUUUUUUUGGCUCAUGGAACGGCCGACAUCAUAAGAGAACGUGUGUGAUCGUAACGGCGUGGAGGGGAAAACUUCAGAUCAAUUCGGAACCUAGUAAGUUUGCUUUUGAUGAACGCGAAUCCUUAUCCUGUCGAUCUCACCCAGCGGAUUGAAAGAGAGUGAGAGACUAAGAGAAAGAUUGAGAGUUGCUCGAUGGGCGAAAGAAAUGCAGAGUCGGAGUUGAAGAGCAAGAAGAAGGCGGGGGUCCGUCUCUGUUAUAUAUGCAACGUCGCAAGGGCUGCCUUGCAACGCCCUAAGACGCAGCAACAGAUUUGUAAGGAGUGCUUUUACUCUGCAUUUGAGGAAGAAAUCCACGAUGUUAUAGUGGGCAAUCAAUUAUUUAAGGCCGGGGAACGUGUUGCUAUUGCAGCUUCUGGUGGGAAAGAUUCCACUGUUCUUGCUUAUGUAUUGUCAACUCUGAACCGUCGCCACAAUUAUGGUCUGGAUCUGUUUCUGUUAUCUAUUGAUGAGGGGAUCACAGGUUAUAGAGAUGACUCACUUGAAACCGUGAAGAGAAAUGAGAUUCAGUACGGUCUCCCACUGAAGGUUCUUUCGUAUAAGUCACUUUAUGGUUGGACGAUGGAUGAGAUUGUUAAGGAGAUAGGAUUGAAGAACAACUGCACAUUUUGUGGGGUUUUCCGUCGCCAGGCUCUUGAUAGAGGUGCUGCAUUGAUGAAAGCAGACAAAAUUGCAACUGGUCAUAAUGCAGAUGAUAUAGCAGAAACAGUUUUGUUGAAUAUACUGCGUGGGGACAUUGCCAGAUUGAGCAGAUGUACACUGAUAACAACUGGAGAAGAUGGACCUAUUCCUAGGUGCAAACCAUUCAAAUAUUCAUAUGAGAAGGAGAUUGUUAUGUAUGCAUACUUUAAAAGACUGGACUACUUCUCCACAGAAUGCAUAUAUUCACCUAAUGCAUAUCGUGGUUUUGCUCGUGAAUUUAUUAAGGACCUGGAACGCAUGAGACCACGAGCAAUAUUGGAUAUUAUUAGGUCAGGAGAGAAUUUCAGGAUAUCCACUUCAACAAGAAUGCCUGAGCAAGGAGUGUGUGAGCGUUGCGGUUAUAUUUCCAGUCAGAAACUCUGCAAAGCUUGUGUGCUGCUUGAUGGCCUCAAUCGAGGUUUGCCAAAGUUGGGCAUUGCACGCAAUAGGGGUCCUAACCAUUCACACAGGGAGAAGGAACAAAUGUUGGAGACAGACAAGACGGAAAACGGACUUCAAAGUAAACCAUGUGGAUCUUUGGAUUUUUGAAGGUCUAGUCGUGCAUCAAUUUGUUAUGCAUUCCACUACUGCAGAUGGGGUUGUAGUUCCUAUGUGAAGCUACAAGGCCAAUAGAAAAGAAAAAAAAUAUUCGUUAUUGUUUUUGAGAUUA